CACCUGGGCGGUCCCAGUCUCCGCGCGCCUUCCAGCCCCGCCACUUCCCUGCGAUCGGCUCCUCGGACCUCCCGCGGCAUGGCCCCCAAACGCCAGUCCUCGCUCCCGCCGCAGGCGAAGAAACCCAAAGUGCCUGCAGCCCCCAAGCCGGAGAAGAAGCCGGCCCCUCCGGACGUGCCGAAGGGAGAAAAAGAACAGCAAGAAGCAAUUGAACAUAUUGAUGAAGUACAAAAUGAAAUAGACAGACUUAAUGAACAAGCCAGUGAGGAGAUUUUGAAAGUAGAACAGAAAUAUAACAAACUCCGCCAACCAUUUUUUCAGAAGAGGUCAGAAUUGAUCGCCAAAAUCCCAAAUUUUUGGGUAACAACAUUUGUCAACCAUCCACAAGUGUCUGCACUGCUUGGGGAAGAGGAUGAAGAGGCGCUGCAUUAUUUGACAAGAGUUGAAGUGACAGAAUUUGAAGAUAUUAAAUCAGGUUACAGAAUAGAUUUUUAUUUUGAUGAAAAUCCUUACUUCGAAAAUAAAGUUUGCUGCAAAGAGUUUCAUCUGAAUGAGAGUGGUGAUCCAUCUUCAAAGUCCACUGAAAUCAAAUGGAAAUCUGGAAAGGAUUUGACGAAACGUUCAAGUCAAACACAGAAUAAAGCCAGCAGGAAGAGACAGCAUGAGGAACCAGAAAGCUUCUUUACCUGGUUCACUGACCAUUCUGAUGCAGGUGCAGAUGAGUUGGGAGAAGUCAUCAAAGAUGACAUUUGGCCAAAUCCAUUACAGUACUACUUGGUUCCUGACAUGGAUGAUGAAGAAGGGGAAGGAGAAGAUGAAGAUGAAGAUGAUGAUGAUGAUGAAGAAGAGGAAGGGUUGGAAGAUAUUGAUGAAGAAGGGGAUGAGGAUGAAGGUGAAGAAGAUGAAGAUGAUGAUGAGGGGGAAGAAGGAGAGGAAGAUGAAGGAGAAGAUGACUAAUGAACACUGAUGGAUUCCAACCUUUUUUAAUUUUCUCCAGUCCCUGGGAGCAAGUUGCAGUCUUUUUUCUUUUUCUUUUUUCUCCCCCUCUUGUGCUCAGUCGCCCUGUUUUUGAGGUCUCUCUUCUCUCCUUUACACCAUGGUUCUCACCUUAUUUGGGGGGGAUGUACCUUGAGCAGAAUACAGUGGGAAAAGAAUCUUUGCCCCUUUCUGUUCCAAAUUCAUUUUUAUCCCUUCCUGUCUCAAGAAAAACUUAAUGGAAUCAACACCACCGUGCUCUGUGGGAAAAAAGAAAAACCUUCUGCUCCCUUAGCUCUGCUGGGAGCUGGAGGUGGCUAGGCCCCUGUGUAGUAGUGCAUAGAAUUCUAGCUUUUUUCCUCCUUUCUCUGUAUAUUGGGCUCAGAGAUUACACUGUGUCUCUAUGUGAAUAUGGACAGUUAGCAUUUACCAACAUGUAUCUGUCUACUUUCUCUUGUUUAAAAAAAGAAAAAAAAAUUUUUAAAAAAAGGGGGGUUAUAGAAGGUCAACAAAGGGUGGGUUUGAGAUGUUUGGGUGGGUUAAGUGGGCAUUUUGACAACAUGGCUUCUCCUUUGGCAUGUUUAAUUGUGAUGUUUAACGGACAUCCUUGCAGUCUGAGAUGACACUUUUAAAAUAAAAUUCUCUCCUAAUGAUGACUUGAGCCCUGCCACUCGAUGGGAGAAUCAGCAGAACCUGUAGGAUCUUAUUUGGAAUUGACAUUUUUCUAUUGUAAUUUUGUUCUGUUUAUUUUUAAAUUUUCUUUUUGUUUCACUGGAAAGGAAAGAUAAUGCUCAGUUUUAAAUGUUAAAAGAGUACAAGUUGCUUUGUUACAAUAAAACUAAAUGUGUACACAAAGGAUUUGAUGCUUUUCUCUCAGAACAGAUUUCAAGUUUGACUUGUAUAACGUAUUGUCAAACUUUGUCAACUCCAUAUUUUAUACGCACUUUGCAGGAUGAUCUCAGGGCUAUGUGGACUGAGUAAAGGGGUUUGAAUCAGUGUAUUAAUGUCUCCAUAGCUGGGAAACAUCAUGAGUACAGUUUGUUACCAGUUUCUGAAAAUUUUCAGAUCAUUUGGAGUACCAGAUUGCUCAAACUUAGUUCUGAGUAUGUUGUACCUUUAGUUUUGUAUAUCAAAUUGGCAUUUUAAAAAAUGGGUCUAUAUUUACCUGGAUAUAAUAACAGUGCCUGCCACCACCACCAGACAGACCUGGUGCUCUAAUGCCGAGUUACACACGGGGCUAUUGCUGGCGUGUCUUCGUUGGCACUAUAAAGGUGGCCCAGAAGACAGGCUUGCAGAGUAAGAAGUCCGUAUUGGUGGUUAAGAAACUCAGGUUAGGCGUACUUUUGUCUCAAGUACCAGCUAUUUAGCUUACCGUUCUCCAAUGAGACCCGUCUGUGAAUCUGGGCGAGAUGAUGGACUGUCUGCUAGAUGCCAUUGUGCAUAGAACAUUAUGAGAAGCUACCUAAUGCCUAAGCUUUUUAAUGCUGUAAAGUAUAGUAGCUGAAAUUAAAUGCCAGCUAAUUUUUUCAGAGAUGAAUUAAUGGACAGCCUGGUCAAAUUCAGAGCUAUUUGAUGUAUAAAACAUUUUAUAAGUGGAACUAUUCCAUCAAUAGGCAAAGUGUAAUAAAACCUAUCUAGAUGGAUAGUAUGUAAUUUCUGCACAGGUCUCUGUUUAGUGAAUACAUCACUGUAUACUGGUCAGGAAUCUUGCUCCAAUAAAGGAACAUAAAGAGUUUUUUGACUGGGGUCAUUCUCCUUGUGUAGAGAAAUGUUUCUUGCAUUUGGACUUAGAUGAUAAGCAAGUUUUUGUCUUAUUUGUGUUCACAGUGACAGGAAGUAGGGAAAAUGUUAAAUAGGCAGUAAGUAGAGCACAGGCAACAGCUACACAAAAAGGUAUGUAUAAGACACACAGAAAAAGGACUUAAUUGGAAUAUAGCAAGUAUCUGACGGGUGGGGGAAGUCACUUUAAUUAAUACACAUCAAGGAAGCCUGUGGUUUUUUACAAAAUUACACCUCACCAAAACUGGUUUUUAUGUACUGGUGAGAUUGUGGUACGGCUAGGUUAUAGGUCACAUGAAGUCAUGUUUUAUAACAAUUUGUGAAUUAAAAAAUAAAAAGUC